CGUGGCCUCCCCGGGACGGGCAGGCUGACCUCAGUCUUGGUGUAGCUCUGCAGUGUGGAACUCAUUGACUCAGGGCCUAUAAAGCUCUUCCUAACUGUGCUUGUUUGCUCUUGUCCUCCAGUUCCUGGGCAGCUGGUGGGGUCUGCUGAUCAGGGGGUCACACUCGUUGCUCUUGUAACAAGCGCUGACAGGAGGGAACAGAAACCCCUGUCCCUCCUGAGGCUGUUCCCCGAUGAAGGAGUGGGUCCCCACACUCAGAAUCCCCCUCCCUGCCCCAUCCUGGCUCUGGAAACCGAAGAGCCCUCUUUCCUGGGUGCCAGCCCAGGGGCCUCCUCCCCAGCCACCCAGUACCAGCUCCAAGGUGGAGGCAGCCUGGCAGGCAGCCUUGAAGGGCUGUUGCAUAGAACAAGCCGCAGCCCUGCCAGGUUAUGCUGGGGCCUGGGGUGCUCCUCUCACAUUGGCCAAGGGCAUCCAUCAAGACCGGGCGGUUCUGUCACCCUGGCACCAGGAGGUUGCAAAAGGCCCUGCAAUAAGGGAUGCGGCUCUUAGGUUUGGCACUGCUCUGGGGCCCACUCCCUGCUUUCCAGACCUCAGGCCCCACCUUCCAGGUUCCUGCUCAGCCGCUGACAGUGAACUUCCUUAGGGGCUGUCCCUUGAGGUCUAGGCCUGGAUAGUGGGGCAGAGGGGGCAUGGGCCCAGGUGGAGAUGGCUGGAGAGACCCGUCUUCGGGUGUGUUGAACCCCCAGCACGAGGGUGUCAGUGGCUCCAGGUAGGAUUAAGGUGUCUCAUUUCCUGGACAGGAGGCUGGUCCAGGAGUGGGUGUGGGGCUUGGGUGAAGCGGAGGCGGUUGGGAGGAACUGGGGAGGAGCUUGGGGCCAGCUGGGACAUCCCUGGCGCUGGGUUAAAAAGCUGACAGUCCUCAGUCCUGCAGGCACUGCUCGUCAUUCCUUGCUCCAAAGACUCUGCCCCAUGGCUCUGGCAAAGGUGCCUGGGACCUGCUUGCUCACCAUUCGUGUCCUGCAGGCCCAUGGCCUGCCCUCCAAGGACCUAGUGAGCCCCUCUGACUGCUAUGUGACUCUGUGGCUGCCCACGGCCUCCAGCCACCACCUCCAGACACGCAUGGUCAAAAACAGCAGAAAUCCCAUCUGGAAUCAGAGCUUUCACUUCCGAAUCCACAGCCAACUCAAGAACGUCGUGCAACUCAAAGUCUUUGACCAGGACUUCCUGACCAAGGAUGACCCCAUGUUGUCAGUGCUGUUUGACGUGGGGACUUUGCGGGCUGGGGAGUCGCGGCGCGAGAGCUUCUCAUUGAACCCUCAGGGUGAGGAGCGGCUAGAAGUUGAAUUUCAGCUGCAGAGUCUAACUGACUGUGAGCAGCUCGUCAGCAACGGCAUCCUGGUGGCCCGGGAGCUCUCCUGCUUGCAUGUUCGGCUAGAGAAGGCUGGAGACCAGAAGGAGUCAGAGGGCAGAGUGCAGCUUGUGGUUCCUGGGUCCUGUGAGGGUCCACAGGAGGCCUCUGUGGGCACCGGCCCCUGGCACUUCCACUGGCCAGCCUGCUGGGAGCAGGAACUGAAGAUUCACCUGCAGGAUGCCCCCCAAGAGCAACUGAAGGUGCCCCUGAGGGCCCUGCCCUCUGGCCAGGUGGUGAGACUCGUCUUCCCUACCUCCCAGGAGCCCAUGAUGAGGGUGGAGCUGGAAAACAAAGAAGGGCCCAGGGAGCUGGCUGUGCGGCUGGGCUGCAAGCCCUGUGCCGAGGAGCAGGCCUUCCUGAGCAGGAGGAAGCAGGUGGUGGCCAAGGCCCUGAAGCAGGCCCUGCAGCUGGAUGGAGACCUGCAGGAGGACGAGAUCCCAGUGAUAGCUGUUAUGGCCACCGGUGGGGGGACCCGGGCCAUGACUUCCCUGUAUGGGCAGCUAGCUGGCCUGAAGGAGCUGGGCCUCUUGGAUUGCAUCUCCUACAUCACAGGGGCCUCGGGUGCCACCUGGGCUUUGGCCAACCUCUAUGAGGACCCAGAGUGGUCUCAGAAGGACCUGGCGGGACCCAUCGAGUCACUGAAGACCCAGGUGACCAAGAGCAAGCUGGGCGUGCUGGCCCCCAGCCAGCUGUGGCGGUACCGGCAGGAGCUGGCCGAGCGUGCCCGCCUGGGCUACCCGACCUGCUUCACCGACCUGUGGGCCCUGGUCAGCGAGGCACUGCUGCAUGACCAGCCCCACGACCACAAACUCUCAGACCAGCGGGAGGCCCUGAGUCAUGGCCAGAACCCUCUGCCCAUCUACUGUGCCCUCAACACCAAGGAACAUGGUCUGACCACCUUUGAAUUUGGGGAGUGGUGUGAGUUCUCCCCCUAUGAGAUUGGCUUUCCCAAGUACGGCGCCUUCAUCCCCUCCGAGCUCUUUGGCUCUCAGUUCUUCAUGGGGCGCCUGACAAAGCAGCUUCCUGAGUCCCGCAUCUGCUUCCUGGAAGGUAUCUGGAGCAACCUGUACACAGCCAACCUCCAGGACAGCUUGUAUUGGUCCUCCGAGCCCAGCCAGUUUUGGGACCGCUGGGCACAGGAUCAGAUCAGCCUGGACAAGGACCAGGUCCCCCUUCUGAAGGUAGAAGAGCCUCCCACAGUGGCCGGCAGGAUAGCUGAGUUUUUCACUGACCUUCUGACGUGGCGUCCACUUGCCCAGACCACCCACAAUUUCCUGCGUGGCCUCUCUUUCCACAAGGACUACUACCAGCAUCCUCACUUCUCUGCCUGGAAAGCCACCAAACUGGAUGGCUUCCCCAACCAGCUGACCCCUGCAGAGCCCCACCUGUGCCUGCUGGAUGUUGGCUACCUCAUCAAUACUAGCUGCCCACCUCUCCUGCGCCCCACACGGGAUGUGGACCUCAUCCUGUCCCUGGAUUACAACCUCCACGGAGCCUUCCAGCAGCUGCAGCUCCUGGGCCAGUUCUGCCAGGAGCAGGGCAUCCCGUUCCCACCCAUCUCACCCAGCCCGGAGGAACAGUGCCAGCCCCAGGAGUGCCACCUCUUCUUGGACCCCGCCUGCCCUGAUGCCCCCGCUGUGCUGCACUUCCCUCUGGUCAAUGCCUCCUUCCGGGAGCACUCAGCCCCUGGAGUCCGGCGGACAGCGGAGGAGCAGGAGGCAGGGCAAGUGAACCUCUCUUCCUCUGACUCCCCCUACCACUUCUCGAAGGUGACCUACAGCCAGGAGGACACAGACAAGCUGCUCCGCCUGACGCAGUACAACAUCUGCAACAACCGGGAGCGGCUGCUGGAGGCCCUUCGUGAGGCUGUGCAGCGGCGGAGGCAGCGCCGGCCCGAGUGACAAGCAGUGAAUGGGGGUGGGGAUGCUGUGACUUCCUGGGGGGCCUCUAGCCCAGCCCCAUGGCCCCCGAUUUUCAGGCUGGUUCCCCACCUGCCUUGAUGCUCUGGCUGAGUUGUGAUGGAGACGACCAUCAGCAAGUUCCAGAGCCUCUGGGGGUUUGGACAGCCCAGCCGUGGGAUCCUGCCCUCUAAGUAGCUCAUCAAGGUGCCCAGCACCACUCAGACCUGGCACUGAAGCCAGCAGCACCCCUGCCAUGGAUGCUUUGGAGUAGGUCGAGGGAUUUAAACAGGGGCUGGGCCCACUCUUCUCAGGCCGGGAGAGGCCUUGUCCUCAUACUGUGGCUGGAGAGAAUUUGGAGGUUCCGCUAGAGGGGGGCCAGUAUUGGCCAUGUUUGUGUACGUGCCCAGCGCCCCGUGACCUGCGUCUCCUUUCCUGUCCCUGCCACCUCGAGUAGCUGUACAGAGUGAGAUAGAGCACUUUAUGUAUUACAGGGGCUCAUACAAA